GAUAUACGGACAGGACUCAAGUAUAAUACGAACAAGCGGCUUGUCUAGAUGGAUUUUGGGUGUAUAUAACGUUGGGCUUUUCAUGUUGAAAGAAUGAUACGGUUUUGUCAAUUCUGUGCCCUAUUAUUUGCUACAUCAGCCUGCAUACUAUACAUCAGAAAGAACGGCCAUUGCUACGUGAACGAAGACACCCAAGACGUGACAGUCGCCUCGAUCACGAACCUGCAGCAGGCGUAUUCCAGCGGCAGAACAGAAACCCCGAUGUAUGCCUUACACAGCAAAGGCAGCCUCGACACUGCUCGGGCAGCAACUGCCAUGAUAGUGCUAUCCCACGUCAGUACCGGGCGCACGGGAAUACGGGUCUUCUCCAAAGGGCUAUCAGAUAGCCUAUCAAGCAUACUGUGUGGAUGCGGUGCUGCAGGUGGCCCGGGUUACUGGGGCAUUCGUGCCAACACAUGCAUGACACUACGAACUGUAUACAUGAGUAGUGUAUGGCAGUGGUGCGGGGCUGAGGCUCUAGCCUGUAUGCCUUGAGAAAUGCCUAUAGUCGGACUUGGUGGUAUCAAUUUAAUCAAGCUUGAUUCGUAUACACGUACUUCUCUAUAUACGCACGCUCGUAUCUUCAGAAAUCACGUCCAAU